UUAAAUGUUCAAAAAUUAUUCUAAAAUAUAAUGCAAUGAUUUUUCAGACUAACAAAAACCGACUAAUGUUUUAUACAAUUAAUGUGGACGAGUCACGACGGGAAGUAUAUGAACAACGAGACCCACCCAAUCCAACAUUGAAGCGUGAAUCAGCAGAGCUCUAUACAUAUGAAUCAAUACCUCCUCUUAUAUUUUCAAAGGCAACGGAAACUGAAGUAGCUGGAGGAGUGACAGGCCUAGUGUGUCUGAGGGAUGAGUUAAUGGUUGCCACAGGAACCGGUCAUAUACAAAGGCUGCGCUGGGAUGGGGCACUUAACUACGAUUACUGUGUGGACCUGCGGAGAGUUCCCUUCUGUGAUGACCAGCUAGUUAUGAAAGCGGUUCCUCUAGACACACCAGGAAUUCAUGUGAUAGACCUCGAGUAUUCGCCAUUGGUGGGAGGUUUUGCAGUUGUUCUUAGUGAUGGUCGAGCAGCAUUCCUUACUGCGUCCACACUUAAAUUUGAUCCAAAUGCAGUACAAGGAAUCUGGGCUCGGGAUCUGGAUGAUGCGACGUGUGCUGCAAUCAAUCACAAGUAUAGAUUACUAGCCUAUGGUCGAGCUAACUCUCAGGGUGUUGUGUACAUGGUUGAUGAGGCAACGGGGGGAUUAGAAGUAUCUCAUCGGAUGAUUCUCUCUAACAGAGACUACGGAGGCUCUCCAGGAUCUGUCAGUUAUAUGAAGUGGACCCCAGAUGGCACAGUGCUUGGCUUGAGUUGGGAAGGUGGCGGGUUGUCUUUGUGGAGUGUGUUUGGUUCACUACUCACUGUAUCCUUGCGUUGGGAUUAUACUGAGGAUCCAUUAUCAAGAGCCAUAACCAUCACAAACAUGGAAUGGGGUGCAGAGGGCUAUGAAGUAUGGUGUAUUCAACAGUAUGAACAAUGUAUUGAGAACCAGCCAAGGAGUAAAGGAGCCGAGAGCUAUCAGUAUCUAAGAAAGUCAGAUUAUACAAGGAAAGAAACUACAGAAAACACAGUUCCAGGAAAGGAUUUUGAUGAAGAGUUUUCCCGUGAAACUAAACGCCAGACAUCUGUAUUGCAGUUUUCUUUUAUCAAGAGUGCUCUUACUGUCAACCCGUGCAUGAGUCGGUUAGUGCGGGUUCUGCUACAAGGAAGUGAUCGUCUCUACCUCAACACUUCAGAAGGCCUUGCAGGCGUCUCUGAUGCUGCACAGGACUGCUUAUCCUUUUAUUUUGAUGACGAUGAUGAAGGUGCCUUUGAAACCCCAACUCAUCACAAAGAUUCACAGUUCAGUGUAGCAGCUAACAAGCAAUGGAUUGUUAUUCCAAUACCUUAUAAUUACACAUCUUCAAACUGGCCUAUAAGAUACACGUGUGUUGAUGAAGGUGGUGAGCUUGUAGGUGUGGCUGGACGCAAUGGUGUAGCACAUUAUUCAUUGCGGUUACGACGCUGGCAUCUUUUUGGAAAUGAGAGUCAAGAGCGUGACUUUGUGGUAACAGGAGGGCUGUUGUGGUGGCAAUCAAAUUGGUUGGUGUUGGGUGCAUACAACAUCCCUGCUAAUACUGAUGAGCUUAGACUUUAUCCUCGUGAUCACAAGUUGGAUAAUCUCUUUGUUACUACUGUGCCACAACCUGCACAGGUUCUGUUGUUAAAUGUAUAUGGUGAUCAACUGAUUGUUCUCACUGCGGACUGCCACAUAACAGUGUAUAAUCUUCAACCACUGGAAACAAACUCAGGCGAGUCUGGGUUUAGUAAAAGACAAUCUGGAGGGAGCAAGUUGAGCAGAAAGAAUUUCAAGCAGAAUAAACGAGAGGAGAACCUUCUGUUUCCCCGUGGUGGUGGCAAUGUGACAGUUUCACGUGUUCAAGAGGUCGAUAUAUCUGGGCUGACGGUGCACCCAGCAUGUGUAGUGUCUGUAUUGCUUACCAGUCUACGCACUGAGUCUUGGCGUGUCCACAGUAACCAACAAACACCUCUGCCUGCUCAGAGUAUCAUCAUCAAUAUAUCUGGCAAAGUUCUAAUGAUUCAGAGAGAUCAUCGCUCUGAUGGAGGAAAUACAAAUGGAAAACUGUUCCAGUGUGCUCAGAUGACACCAAUUGUCUUGGCUUCAAGCUGUGAGGCUUUAUGGUGUAGCAGUUCUGCAGUUAGCCAUAAACCGCACCUGAGCCAUGCUCUCUGGUUACACUGUGGUGUUCAUGGCACCCGUGCUUGGUUACCACUGUUUCCAAAUUCUGCUGACAAAUCUCACACGUUCAUGGCCAGAAGAAUUAUGUUGCCCUUCACUCCGUCCAUUUACCCUUUAGCUGUCAUGUUUGAGGAGGGCAUCUUGUUAGGUGCAGAAACAGACACAUCCUUAUUGGUAUGUGAUGCUGCAUCUCAGCAUCAACCACUCACUGUUGUCGAACGAACUAGUCAGGUCUACCUCCAUCAUAUAUUACGUCAGUUGUUAAGAAGAAAUCUUGGCUACCAUGCCUGGGAGAUUGCCAGUACUUGCAGAGAUUUACCGUACUUUCCUCAUGCACUUGAACUCCUGUUGCAUCAGGUUCUUGAGGAGGAAGCAUCCAGCAAAGAUCCACUACCAGACUGUUUACUUCCAAGAGUUGUGGAAUUUAUCAAAGAAUUUCCAGUGUACCUACAGACAGUAGUACAGUGUGCCCGUAAGACAGAACUAGCACUAUGGCGAUAUCUCUUUUCUAUUGCAGGCAGCCCUAAGCAUCUUUUUAUCAAAGCUCUUGAAGAAUCACAACUGGACACUGCAGCAUCCUACCUUAUAAUUUUACAGAAUUUGGAGAGUGCCACAGUUAGUAGAAGUCAUGCCACUCGUCUCUUAGAUGCCACUUUAGAGGCUGCCAAGUGGGAUCUCAGUAAAGAUCUCAUUCGCUUCCUUCGUUCCAUUGAUCCAACAGACUUGGACUCACCCAAGCCAUCUUUGCCAUCAUGUGGGAGCACUAAGGUGGGCUUCAGUCAUGCUACACCCCCAGUGUCCCCUGCAUGUGCUGAUGAGGACCUCUCUAUGAUCCUCCCCAACACCCAGAUCAAACAGAUGUUGAGAAGACACUCUUCUGUUGUGAUCAUCUCGCCUCAGGUUCUGCGUGGAAGGUCCUUCUCAUCAGCAUCAGCCCCUAAGAUAGCCUUGGGAGAUAGUAGUUCAAUAGGACACCAGUCUGUUUUAAGAACAACUUCAGAUUCAGCUAAAGUCUUACCAGAUAUCACCAGACCCAGUCAGACUGUACCUGCUACUCGGAAACGCUCUAGUAAUUCAUUAAGCAAGGAUGUUUCUACGGCAGAAGAGUUUUUCCUUGAUGUUAUUCUCCAAAGGCAUGCCAAGAAGUUAUUACUUGGCUGUCGACUGCGAGAUCUGGGAACAAUGGCAGCACAUCUGGAUUUUCCAUUAGUAUCAUGGCUGAGGAGAGAACGGAGUAGAGCUGCUCGUGUUGAUGAUUUUGUAGCAUCAUUAAAGCAAAUUCACAGAGACUUUUCUUGGCCAUAUCCAUCCGUCCCUACAUCUCACAUUCGACGUUAUUCUGUGUCAUCUCAUCGUUCUGUGCCAUGUUCAAGUGAGAGGUCAGUGCUUGUGGAGGAAAGGAUGCAUGGCCUCUCGAUCAGUGUGCCAAAGACUGCUUCCCUUGGCACCGGUGAAAUUGGGGACAGUGGUUACCUGAGCCAAGCCACGGGAGACACUCACACAAUAACUCCCCAACAUGGACCUCACUCACCAUCUACUCCAUAUUCUCUAGCCCAAAUGGUUCCUCAGCAAGCUCUUUUAUUGCCUCAGUCUCCUAGAGUUGGUGAUGCGGUAAGUAUCAUGAGUGAAGAAGGCACUGUGUAUGGAGACGACACAUCAAGCAUAUGUGGAGACUGGAGUCCUGAGAGUGGUGACCCAACUCGUGACCUACUAUCUAGACCCCCUGAUCCUCCUCCCCAAGCUGUGCCUAGACCACCACCACAUGCUGAAGUUCAGUUGAGAUACUUAUUACAGGUGCUUUUGGAGGCAGGAUGCCUUGAGUGGAGCGUGGUUGUUGCUGUGGUGUUAAGAGAUGCCCUGGCAGUGUUGCGUGUCGUGACUCUGGCUCGAGCCUCGGAUAUUCCUGCUCAAGUUAUAUUGAGACUUACUGCAGGGCUACAAGAUCUGUUGCAUUUUACAAACACUGAAUGCUUGGGUUAUCAAAAUUUUCUUGGAGCCAUAAUGAGUCAAGUAAAAGUAUUAGAGAGGCUGGCCAGUACAAGAGAACUAUCGGGAACACCUAGUCCUCCUUCCUCACGUCCCCCUUCAACUAACCGUGAGUCCGAUUCUUCACCUAAUUUGGAAGCCUCCCUCAGGUCCUCAAUGCAAACUUCACCUGCAUCAAUUUCUCACCAACAGCAGAAUCAGCAACAUCAAUCAUUAAAACAGCAAACCCAAUUGCAAAGCCAGCAGCCAAUUCAGGAACCACAACAGCUAAUACAGCAACAGCAGCUUCAGCAACCAUUAUCACAAUCAAGUCUACCAAGAAUGUCCUUACUGCCAUACCAAACCUCAUCAGUAGAUGAAACUCUGCCAGAAGAGACUUUCUCUCAAACAUCUGAGGUGGGCUUCAUGGACACUGAAUGUGAUAUUGCUCCACCUCUGGAGGAAGGAGGGAGUGCUGCUUGUGUCGUUUCUUAAUUGGUUUGCCAGUGCUUCUGCCUACUGAAGAAAAACAAGUAUGAAUGUCAUAUUACAUAUUAUUUAGAGGUAUGUAGUAUACAGAAAUAGUGUGUUAUUUUGUACAAAUUUAUUAUUUUUGGACCAAAAGCAAUUCAGCCAAACUUCCAACAGAUCUUAUUUCCCAUUCCUAUUCUUUUGAUCCCAAUAUUACAUACUUGUUGAGAAUCUGCUUAAAAUCAUGACUAACGUGCAUGGUUGAUUAUUACUUGUUAAUUAUUUAAACAAGGUUUAGUAUUGUAAUGCCUUGUGGCAUAACUCGAGCUAAUUAAUUACUGAUUGUACAUUAUGGACUCUUACUUAUCACAUGCUAAUGGUCAUUUUAAGACAAAAUAGAUAUGAUAUUUGCCUUGUAGCUUCUGGAUAAGACAAAAUGAAGAUUGAUCAGCAUUCUCAUGGGAUUCCUAAGCACUUGAAUACAUAUGUUGAUAUGUCUCCAUGUUUUUAUAUGUAGGCUUCCACUUCAAGUUGCCUAUUCAAAUAAACUUUAGUAUUCAUAAUUUUUUUAACUUUUUUAUUCAAGGAUUAAAAUGUUUAAAUCUUACAUUUAUUUGUACUAAUAAGAAAUUUUUUGAACACACAUUUUCAAAAUUUCAUACCUAGUUACAAAUUGUUCACGGGCCCUUAUUUUAUUAUGCACAGUACAGUACAGUAGUUGAUUUUUUAAGGGAAACUAAUGUUUUAAAUUGAAUUCAUAACUAAUGGCUUGUAACAUGGCAUUUAUGAUGGAAAAACUAUUUUAAAUAAUUGUUUUGUCAAAGAUAUUGGUUUGAUAAAUAUUUUUUUACGAAGACAUUAAUAUUUAAUGUAUUACUGAAGAUGUUGAUAUACACUCGGUGUAUUAUCAGUUGUGUUGGUACAUAAUGAACCAUGUGAACUGAUUGCUCUCUUAGGUAACUUUCAACAAAUAGUCUUUUCUUCUAAAGCAUCAUAUAUUAAGUGAUACUUAAAGCAGUCAUGUAUAAAGUCUUUGAGGAACUUGCAUUCUUCAUUAAUACUAUGCAUGUCUGCUCCUGUUCAUAAUCAAUUCCCAAACUGAAAAAGGUUAGUAGUUUUAGUGUUAAUACCAGCAGGGAAAAUGGCUAGAUAAGAAAAUGGUAACAAAUCAUAUGGUAAAUUAACAUUUUUAUUUUAUUUAAGACUUGCAUGAGUUAAAUAUAGGAAACAUUUUAUUAAAAUAUAAAUAGUUGUUAAUGUGAUGGUGUUGUAGAAGAAAGAUCAGUGUUAAACUAAGAGAGGAGAUUUAUUAUUAAACACAUUAUAUGGCCAGUAAUACAAAGUUUAGAAAAUGGUGUAGCCAUGUUUUAGAACAGCAUGCUAGUGAAAAGGUCACGUUUUGCUCACCAGUUUACACAACAUUUACAUUUUGUAUGAAAAGAGAUAGGAAGUACCUGAAGGCAGAUCCAGAGUGACCGGGAUAAAGGGGGAGAACAUAUUGUGUUAGGUUAUGGUUGGAAUAUGGUGUAGAUAGUGAGUAGCUUUGAGCUCAUGCAUGUAGAGGUGCCUCCCAGGUGCUGGUCACUCAUUUAUAAUGCCGUAGACUAGUUAAGCCCAUCUUGAGGAAAUGUACAGUUAAAUACUAACAUCGUGGCAUUUGGUAUCUUACAAUACGAAGGUACAUGCAUUUAUUUUGAUGAUAUAAGAAUUGAGGAUAGUGUAACCAUAAGAAAGUGCUAAAUAUGCUUUGGUGCAAAGUAUUUUGAUAUUCAUAUGACUGUACAGUUUAUGUAUAGCGUGUAGAGGAAGGGACCAAGUGGUAAUUGAUAAGUUAGUGAAAAUAAAUGAAUUUUGGAGUUGAAACUUUUCAGUGUGUCAACAUAGUGUUGUGUGUGUGAAUGUGUGCAGACAAUAUGAUUGAAAUUGCUGCUUAAAGAAAGGAAAACUUAUGUUUAUGGUGCUAUUAAAGAGUUCAUAAAAAAAACAUCAGUUCCUCAAAACUGAAGGUAAUGAUUGAAUGAAACUGAAUUCAUAAUUAAUCAUUGUAUGAAGUAUAUAUUUUUUAUUAUGUACAUUUGACCAUUAAAUAUUUAAUGUUAACAAUCUUGCAAGAAUAUUAUAUUCUGUAAGAAAAAAAAUUAGAUUACACAUCAAUCCAGUCAAAAUAUUAAGGAGAAAUAUGACUUGUAAUCUUGUACAAGAUUUAUCAUAAUAUUUUAGCUUUAAAUUUGUAAUAUAUAAUCUCACACAUUUUUUUAUCCUGUUUAAACCCCUGAUUGUGUGUUCCAAUAUAAAUAACCUUCUUCUCCUCUCAUAGUACAGUAGUGGUAAAUGUUAACUCUUAUGCAUUAUCUGGGCCGCUGACAUCAAUAAGAUCUUUGCACUGAAAACCUCAUUAAAACACCAUUGAGCAUCCAGAACUCAAAAUUAUUGGUUGCGAGACCAUUGUUAAUUGUAAAUGUUUAGAGAUUUAUACACAUUGGCCAUCCUCCACCCACACACGUGCCUAACAUGACAGGACUACCUUUCUCCUCACACACGUGCCUAACAAGACAGGACUACCUUUCUCCCCACACACACACACACGUGCCUAACAAGACAGGACUACCUUUCUCCCCACACACACACAUGUGCCUAACAUAACAUGACUACCUUCCUCCCCACACACACACGUG